UUGUCAUAACACCGAUUCACGUGGGGUUGUUUCCCAUGCGGUAUUAAAUUAUUAAACAAUACUGUUAAAUACAUUAUACAGCUAGGAAGCGAAAACGAGAGAUACAGCUUCAAAAGACCAAGCUUUUUUGGUUUUACUAAAAAAAUGAAAAUGAAGAAAUCCAAAAAACCACCACAAAAAUCUGAAGAGCCCCAUGAUGAUUUAGAUUCAGAAGAAGAAUUAUCCCCAGAGGAGCACAAAAAAUCUUUAGAGAAAUUGAAAAAGAUUGAUCCUGAUUUUUACAAUUUUCUUGAAGAAAACGAUGAGAAUUUGUUGAACUUCGGUGAAGAUUCUGAUGAUAAUGGCUCUGAAGGUGAAGAAGAUGAAGAGAAAGUACAUGAGCCAGGUCCUCUCAAAGGUGAUAGUGAUGAGAGUGAUUUUGAGGAUGAGGAUGCAAAACCAGCUGUAGGGAAAGUGAACCUUAAAUUAGUUAGUCAGUGGCAAGCAGAACUGCAGAGUGAAGGAAAAAUAAAGCUUCCCACAUUGACUACUGUGAUAAAAGCAUUUAAUGCAGCCAUGUUGAGAGUGGCAGGUGAUGAAAGUUCACAGGGAGAGUUCAAAGUUGAAGGGUCUUCUGUAUUCAAUGCAGUCAUACAAAUGUGUGUUUUAUAUUUACCUGGUGCUAUCAAGAAAUACCUAGGUAUGGAGCAAUCUGGAAAAGAUCCACAGAAGUGUAAACACUUCAUAAAGAUCAAGGGCCCAUUAAUGUCAUAUCUAAAAGAUGUAUUGAAACUUCUGAGUGGAGUUACAUCUGAGAAUAUUUUGACAGUGCUUCUCAAGCACUUGCAUCAAAUGUCUGUAUAUGUUGCAUGCUUCAGUCGUAUAUCUAAACAAUCUUUAAAAAAACUUAUAACUUUGUGGAGCACUGGUGAAGAGACUGUGAGGGUGUUAUCAUUUUUGUGCAUUCUACGAAUAACGAGAAAUCAGCAAACAGCUCUACUGGAUUUAGUACUAAAAGCGAUGUAUAUGACUUAUGUAAAAAAUUCUAAAUUUGUAAGUCCAUCAACCUGGCCCGGAAUAAACUUUAUGCGAAGGUCUCUAGUGGAAAUGUUUUCUUUGGAUUUGAAUGCUGCAUAUCAACAUGUGUUCCUCUACAUAAGGCAGCUGGCAAUACAUCUCAGAAAUGCAAUUGUAGUACAGAAAAUAGAGAACAGACAAGCGGUUUACAACUGGCAAUAUAUAAACUCUCUACAUCUAUGGGCUGAUUUGAUAGCGGCAACAUCUAAUAAACCUCAACUCCAACCAUUACUGUAUCCUUUAGUGAUGGUUAUUACAAACACAAUAAAGUUAGUCCCAACGCACCAGUACUAUCCACUUAGAUUUCAUUGUGUUGAAAUCUUAAUAAAUCUUUCUAAGGAAUCUAAUACAUUUAUUCCUGUCCUGCCAUUCUUAGUUGAGGUGCUAACAACAUAUGACUUCAACAAAAAACACAAGAAAGUUUCAAUGAAACCUUUAGAUUUUUCUUGUAUCUUGAGAUUGGCAAAGUCUCAAUUGUCCGAGAAUGGUUUUAAAGACUCAGUUAUUGAGAGGGUGUAUGCACUUUUAUUGGAAUACACGGCAAAUGAAUCGCACAACAUUGCUUUCCCUGAUAUUAGCUUACUUGCAGUUUUACAGAUAAAGCAGUUUUUAAAGACAUGUAAUGUGUCAAAUUAUACAAAGAAAAUGCGACAGUUGAUGGAAAAAAUUGAAGAAAACUCCCGAUUUAUUGAUCGCGAACGUUCGAAAAUCAGUUUCGCCUUAAACGACGAAAAGAUGGUGACCGCCUGGGAAUCUAAUAUUAAAGCAAAAGGAACUCCAUUGUACACCUUCUUUGAGAAUUGGUCAAAAAUCAAUAAAAUUCAGAAACGUAAGAAGGUCUCUAAGAAUGAUGAAACAGGUGUCGAACUGCCAAUGAUAAAGAGACCCAAAAUACUUGAUAGUGAUGAAUUAAAAACAAACAAAGACAAAGACACUGGCCCUAUGGAGUUAUUCCCAUCUGACAGUGAGGAUGACACUGCCAACUUUAAAGUGUCAGAUGAAGAAAAUGAAACAAGACCUAAAGAAAAGAAAUUAAAGAAAAAGAAGAAAAACAAAAAUAAAACAAAGUCUUCUAAAGAGUCUGUACAAGAAGAAGACAUAGUAGACAAAGAGGAUGUUGUUCAAGAUUUUAGUGUCAGUGAUUGGUAA